CAGAUCUUCAUCCUCUUUCUGCUGGACCCAACCAUCGCGAACGCCUCCCUCCAGCAGCUCUGCGUGCAGUUGACGUACGAAGCACUUCAGCAGCUCUUAGAGGUCGAGAAUCUCCGGAACUACGGACGAAACUUCCUCCAGUACCAAAUGAUCUUGAAGAAUUGCGCGCAUUUCCUUGGGCAAUUGACGCUGGCGCAGAACCGACCGUUGAAGAGCAAAUUCUUGGAUUUGAAGGGGUUGCUGAAGCUCGCCGAUGAACAAGAGGAGCUACAAGGAGUUGACCAACAUCAGCGGCAACAUAGAAAUAGAGACCGUUUUCAGUUAGUGGGCAUCGUUCUCCCCUUCGUCACCACCAUUCUCCGGUCCUGUAAAGCCAGCAAGGUGUUCUGCCCAAAGAACCCGUGGACGGAAGCGAUCUUAACCCGGUUGGCGGAGCUGUGGGGGGCCGCGAUGAAUCCGAUGAAUGCUGUUUGUGACGCAGAUGUUGCGGAUCAGCAUCUG